UUGCCGACUUGGAGCUGGGCGCUGUGCUGUCUCCGGCCGAGAAGACUGGGCGUGCAGUGGCGAAGAGAGCGACCAGGCGGCCUCUGCGGUUUCACAUUCACGUGCGCGGCCCGGAGCGAGAAAAACACGGUGAAGAUGGCGGGGUCGCAGCCCCUGGCGCUGCAGCUCGAACAGUUGUUGAACCCGCGGCCGCGCGAGGUGGAUCCUGAGGCCGACCCGGAGGAAGCCACUGCUGCCAGAGUGAUUGACAAAUUUGAUGAAGGGGAAGAUGGGGAAGGUGAUUUUGCGGCAGUGGGUAGCAUUAGAAAAUUGGCAUCGGCCUCCCUCUUGGACGCAGAUAAGAGGUAUUCUGGCAAGACUACAUCUAGAAAAGCUUGGAAAGAAGACCAGUGGGAGCAGACUCUGCCAGAUUCAUCUGACAAGGAAAUAUCUGAUGAGGAGGACGAACCUAGAGAUGGAGAUUCAGAAGAGCUGGAUCUGGAAGAGUCUGAUGAGGAUGCCAUGAGUGCUGCUGAGGAACAAGAGUGUGGUGAUGAUGGGGACAUAAGUUUGCCCUGGAGGAAGAAAAGCAGAAACUGUGCUGAGAAAACACCUGGCUUCACAGCCCCCGGCAUCAGUGACUUUGAAAAAUUUACGGCGGGAAUGGAUGACCUUGGUAGCAGUGAAGAGGAGGAAGAUGAAGAUGAGAGUGGUGUGGAAGAAGGGGAUGGUGAGGAAGACUUUGAGGGUGAGAGUGAGGAAGACAGGGCUGAAGAGAAGACCAGUGAAGAUGAUGGUGUGGUGAUGACCUUCUCCAGUGUCAAAGUGUCUGAGGAAGUAGAGAAAGGAAGAGCCGUGAAGAACCAGAUAGCACUGUGGGACCAGCUCUUGGAAGGAAGGAUCAAACUACAAAAAGCUCUGUUGACCACCAAUCAGCUUCCUCAACCAGAUGUUUUCCCUAUUUUCAAGGACAAAGGUGGCCCAGAAUUUGCCAGUGCCCUAAAAAAUAGUCACAAGGCACUUAAAGCAUUGUUGAGAUCAUUGGUAGAUCUGCAGGAAGAGCUGCUGUUCCAGUAUCCAGACACCAGAUAUCUUGUAGCUGGGACAAAGCCUAAAGUGGAAAGUGAGGAGGAGAUUUCCAGUGGCGAUGAAGAGCUAGUAGAAGAGAAGAAGAAACAGAGAAGGGCCCCACCAAAGAGGAAGCUGGAGAUGGAGGACUACCCCAGCUUCAUGGCAAAACGCUUUGUUGACUUCACAGGCUACAGGAACCGCACACUUCAGAAGUGGCAUGAUAAAACUAAGCUCGCUUCUGGAAAACUGGGGAAGGGGUUUGGUGCCUUUGAACGUUCAAUCUUGACUCAGAUCGAUCAUAUUCUGAUGGACAAAGAAAGAUUACUUCGAAGGACACAGACCAAGCGCUCUAUCUACCGAGUUCUUGGCAAACCUGAACCAGCAGCACAGCCUGUGCCAGAGAGUUUGCCAGGACAGCCGGAAGUCCUUCCUCAGGCCCCUGCCAAUGCUCACCUGAAGGACUUGGAUGAAGAAAUCUUUGAUGAUGAUGACUUUUACCACCAGCUCCUUCGAGAACUCAUAGAACGGAAGACCAGUUCCUUGGAUCCCAAUGACCAGGUGGCAAUGGGAAGACAGUGGCUUGCAAUCCAGAAGUUACGAAGCAAAAUCCACAAGAAAGUAGAUAGGAAAGCCAGCAAAGGAAGGAAACUUCGGUUUCAUGUCCUUAGCAAGCUACUGAGCUUCAUGGCACCUAUUGACCAUACUACAAUGAAUGAUGAUGCCAGGACCGAGUUGUAUCGAUCUCUUUUUGGCCAGCUCAACCCUCCUGAUGAAGCCCAUGGGGAUUGACCGCACCCACCUUUCCUGCUGCGGCCCUGAGGCCAGGCGUCCAGCCCCUGUGGCGUGUGGCCAGCUCGCGUCUCGGCCCCAUGCGGAGGCACUGCUGGCCCGGGAUGGAGUUCACUGGGAGGCCCAGGGAGGGUGCACUUGGGCCAAAUAAACCCCGGCCGGCCUGGAAUCAGGCGUCCGUGUGUCCAGUGCUUCCGUGCGUCCUUUAACCGCGACAGUGGUUACCGCUGCCGUGGCCACCACCAAGUUCUCAGGCAACUGGCUGAGCUCG